AUGUCUUCAGUAGGUGCUGCUGCUCAUAGGGAAACUUGGGAACAAUGCUCCAUCCAGUUCAGACAGCUCCGAACUGUCUGGAUUGUGUCAGAGACACUCCUGCCUUGGGAACUGCCCGAAUUGCAGUCAUCCAGCUCUCUGAAGGCAUCUUAUGAAGACUGGCUGCUGACAUAUGGCUUGAGCAUCUCUCCUUUUCACAUGCGAUGGCAAACAGCUCUCUUCAACCGCCAGUUCUACAACUGGGGGAGAUGGAAACCCAGAUUUCUGUAUUUAUGGUUCAGCAUAGGGAUGGUGUUUGGUAUAGUUGCCAUGUUUGGCUCUGUUAUUCUUCUCGGAAAGACACUGAUGCAAACACUGGCACAGAUGCUUACGGAGGCACCGAAAGCCCAGAAUGAUCGUAUGCUGCAAGUUGUGGUGCCUGGUGUAAAUUUGCCUGUCAGCCAGCUGACCUAUUUCUUCUCUGCAAUCCUCAUCAGUGGUGUGAUACAUGAAGUCGGCCAUGGGGUGGCAGCUAUUCGAGAACAAGUACGAUUUAAUGGAUUUGGGAUUUUUAUCUUCAUUGUCUAUCCUGGAGCAUUUGUUGACCUCUUCACAACCCACUUGCAACUGAUAUCUCCAGUCCAGCAAUUAAGGAUAUUUUGUGCAGGAGUGUGGCAUAAUUUUGUUCUUGGUGUUGCAAGUUUCAUGGUUUUGUUUCUGCUGCCAGCCAUUCUUUUCCCUUUCUAUUACACGGGUGUUGGGGCACUUGUUACUGAGGUCGCCGAGGAUUCUCCUGCCAAUGGACCAAGAGGUCUUUUUGUGGGAGACCUUGUCACUAACCUGCAAGACUGCCCAGUUUACAGCGUAGAAGACUGGAAUUCCUGUCUGGGAGACAUUUCAGAGAAGUCACAGGUCGGCUACUGUAUUAGUGCAGCCACCCUACAGCAAUUAAGCUUUCCAGCUAGAGUCUAUAGAAGACUUGAUGGCACAGUUGAAUGUUGUAGUAACAACAGCCUCACAGACAUUUGCUUUUCAUAUAGCAAUAACUUGGACAGCCACCUGUAUGCCUGUCUGCCAGCACGAAAAGUUAUUGAGGCCAGCAAAGUUUGUCGAACCAGCAUGGACUGCCAGAAGGACUCUGUUCCAAGCUUUUGUGUGACUCCUUCUUUAGAGAACCAAACAAGACUAAUCAGGGUAAAACAUCCACCCCAUAUUGACAUGCUGUUUGUAGGACACCCCAUGCAUCUUCAGUACACAGUAAGUCUCAGCAGUUUUGUACCACGACAAAACUUUCUAAGCAUUGAUCUGCCUGUGGUAAUAGAGACAUUUUGCAAGUACCUAAUUUCACUGUCAGGAGCACUGGCAGUUAUCAAUGCUGUACCGUGCUUCGCUUUGGAUGGUCAGUGGAUAUUAAAUUCAUUCCUGGAAGCCACUCUGAGCUCCCUGAUUGUAGAAAAACAAAACAGAGAGCUUGUUGGCUUUUUAAUUUUGCUUGCUGGUAGUGCACUUUUGGCUGCCAAUGUUGCACUGGGACUUUGGAUGGUGACAGCACGAUAG